UAAGCAAUUCGGUCACCACUCAGCACACGAAAAUGCUGAAAAAUUUAUUCUGGCUAGUCCUUGCGUGUUUAUACACAGGAGUGACGGGGAAGUGUUCGGACGGCACGUUUGUGUACGGAAAUUCCUGUUACUUAGACUUCAACAUCCGGGCAACAUGGGCCGAAGCUUCCAUCAUUUGUAAAGCUUACGGAGGGUACCUGGCCAAUAUUAACGAUAUCCACGAACAACAUGUUAUACAGAGCGCCAUCUCAAGAAAUAUAGGUGGCUUCAGUCCCGGGAUUUUCUGGUUGGGAGGGACGGACAUGCAAAUCGAGGGGGAGUGGGUGUGGACAGGAAAUGUGGAGGCACUGGGCACGUACAAAAACUGGUCCCCAGGAGAACCAAACAACGCCAACUCCAACGAACACUGCAUGGAGAUGGACUCGAAUGGGCAGUACAAAUGGAACGAUAAUAACUGUGAAAACAGAUUCAAUUUCAUCUGUGAAAUGCCGUACGUACAUGUAGAUUUGAUUCAAGGCAUUCAUACAGAAAGUGCCCUAAAUGGACAAGACAGCCCCCCCCCCCCAAAAAAAAAUACACAUAUGGCACGCCAAAUUCACAAAAAUGAGCUAAACAUAGUUUCACAGUUGAUAAACUAGGUUUAUCGACUGUAAACUAUAAUUUACGGACCGUAAACUAUAGUUAACGACGUUAAUCUAUAUUUCACAUAUGUAAACCAUAGUUAACAGAAAAUCUAUGUUUCACAAGCGUAAACUACAAUUAACAAUGAAAACAAUCAUUAGCGAUUGCAAAAUAUAGUUUAUCUGAUAAAUACGGUUUCACGAUUGUAAAUUACGGUUUACAAGUCUGAUAAAUAUAGUAUCACAAUUUGUGAAACUAGGAUUAACAAUUGUGAACUAUAGUUAACGAAUGUAAAUUAUAGUUUACAAACGUGAAUCUGUAUUUAUCAGCAAAAUCUAUUAUUAACGUUUAUUUUACGAUAGAUAAACUUGGAUUAGCAUUUGUAAACUAUAGUUUACAACCGUUAAAUAUAGUUUUACGGAUGAAAACUAUAGUUAACGAAUCGUUAACUAUAGUUUACAGUUCGUAAACUAUAGUUUACAGUCGAUAAACCUAGUUUAUCAACUGUGAAACUAUGUUUAGCUCAUUUUUGUGACUUUGGCGUGCCAUAUACACAACCAAACACAAUCUCCUCACUGUAUGACAAGAUCUUAGCUCAGUAAAUGUAGUGCUUAAUUUUUUUUAGAGUUAAGGGAGUAUUUAAUGCACUUUACUUUGAACAUGGCCGUGUAUUAGAUCAGAUUAUGCUCUCGUUCCCUUUAUAUUGCAUUUUCCAUAUACUCAUUGUAGGACGGCGGAUUCUGGAAUUUCCGUUGGCGGAGAGGGUAUUAUUGGAUAAAAGAACAACAAAGAAAUUGUUUUGUUUUACUUUUUGCCAUUAAAAGAUUUAUAUUUUUAAAA